AUGGAGCCUAAUUUCGAGGAAUUAUUAACAUUUCAAAAUGCAGAUUUUCAAUCUAUUGAUAGACAUUUCAAAUACAUGGAUGAUUUGGAUCUAGAACGUCGGUCACCAAUAGUAAUUCGCAAUAGAUGUACUCUCGUCGAAUCACUGUGGAGAAACUGCCGAGAACGACAUGCUUUAUUGACGCAUUGUGCAAAUCCGAACCAAAAACUAGACGACUACUUUAAGGAGGAUAAAUUUGGACAAAAGGAAAUGGACUUCUACAGCAAUUUUGAUGUCUACGCAGAACUUCUAGCUGAACUUCAACCACAAAUGCAACAUAUGUCAAAUUCAACUUCGAAUCAUUUUUCAGAAAGGUAUGAUUACGUUAAAGCAAAUCGAGUUUGUACAAAUUGUCUUCGAGCUCAGCAUAAAAAUAAUGAUUGUCCGAGUAAAUUCACAUGCACUAAAUGUAAAAUACGUCAUCACACUUCACUUCACCGCGAAACUAAGCCGGAACCAGAACACGAUAAAGAUUCCAAUGACAACACAAGUCAAAACUGUACAGGUUUUCAAAUAAUUGAUUCGUUUAAAAUUCAGUCUCAUUUUGCCGCACCAAGCGCAAUAAAAUCAAAUAACGUUUUACUUGCUAUUGCGCGAGUAUGGGUUUUAUCUCCUUUAAUGCGAGCUAUUCGUGUUCGAGCGUUGAUUGAUCAAGGAUCAACUUGGACCUUUGCUUCUCGAGAGCUUGCAAAAUUUUUAAACUCUAAAAGUAUACCAAUAUCAGCAUCACUGACAGGCGUAGGGGGUGCAAGCGCAGGAAAUGCAAAUUCUGCCAUCUCGAUAGGAAUUUCUUCAAAUCCGAACGGUAAUCCUGUUUUUAACACGCAAGCCUUAGUUAUUCCAAAAAUAACCUCUUAUGUGCCUCAAUCAAAUAUUAAUUUCGAACAGUGGUCCCAUUUAAAAAAUCUAAACUUAGCAGAUGACCCUUAUAAUAAUGAUCCUAUCCACUUACUUAUAGGCGCCGAGCUUUAUGGUUCUCUAAUUUCGGACGGAUUAAGAAAAGGUAAACCGGGGGAAAUAAUUGCACAAAAUACUAUAUUUGGGUGGGUUUUAUCCAGAUCUCUGUUAUCAGUUAGCGAUCAAAAUGAAUCUAGCGUUCAGAUUCAUCAUUGCAUUACGAAUAAAAGUCUCGAUUCGUGCUUACAGAUGUUUUGGGAAAUCGAUGAAGUAAACUCUAAAGAAAUCAUGUCUAUUGAUGACGAACUCUGUGAAGAGCAUUUUCAAAAAACACAUUCGCGAAAACCCGAUGGGCAAUAUAGUGUUAGUUAUCCAUUCACGACAGAUAAGCCAAUUAACAUUGGACAUACGAAACAAAUCGCAGAAAAAUCUUUAAAACGUCUCGACAAGAAUCCCGUUCAUGAAGAACUUUAUAGUGACUUCAUGGAGAAGUAUGAAACACUUCAUGACAUGAAAAAAGUUGAAAGUUUAGAAAAUCCUUCAAAUCAGAUAGUAUACAUUCCUCAUCAACCGGUGUUUAGGGAAACCAGUAUUACUACGAGAAUGCGAGCAGUAUUUCAUGCCUCAACCCCAUCAACUAACGGAACUUCUUUAAACGAUCAUAUGAGAGUCGGUCAAAAACUUCAACCUAACCUUUUCAUCGUUUUAAUUCAUUGGCGCGUAUUCAAAUAUGUUUAUACUGCUGACAUUGCUCGUAUGUACCGUCAAAUUUUAAUAAAUUUGGAUGAUGUUGAUUAUCAACGCAUAUUUUGGCGUUUAUCGCCAGAUCAACCGAUUAGUGAAUACCAACUUCUCACUGUAACAUACGGAACACGCUCAGCCCCGUAUCUCGCGUUAAGAGUUCUAAAACAAUUAGUAAUUGAUGAAGGUUCAGCGUUUCCAUUAGCUUCAUAUGUUUUAAAUCACAAUAUUUACAUAGAUGACGCGAUGUUCGGUGGGUCAUCGAAGCGAGAAGCAAAAGAAAUUCGCGACAAAUUAUUAGCUCUCUUGGGAAAAGCUCACUUCACACCUAAAAAAUGGGCGAGUAAUUCUCCUUUAUUGUUAUCAGAUAUCGAUCCACAUGAUCACGGUCUUGCUUGGUCAUCGCCCCUGAAUGACGAAGAAGCGAAAAUGUAUGACCCGGUGGGAUGGUUGUCACCAAUAAUAAUCUCGGGAAAAAUCAUUAUGCAAAAUUUAUGGCGAAAACAAUGUUCAUGGGAUGAGAGUUUAGACAAUGACACAGUAGCUACCUGGAUUGACUAUGUAAAUUUAUUGAACUACAUAAACGAAUUGACUAUUCCGCGUUGGUUAAAUUUACAUCCGGAUAACCUUGAUGUUCAAAUUCACGGAUUUGCUGACGCAUUGGAAACCGCGUAUGGUGCCGUUUUAUACUUAAGAGUAACAUUGUCUUCUCACGAAGUGAUUACUCAAAUCAUUACGAGUAAAACUAAAGUUGCCCCUGUCAAACAAAUAAGCAUACAACGAUUAGAAUUACAAGGUGCAACCCUAUUAUCUCGUUUAGUGACUUCAGUUUGUCAAUAUGAAGUAUUUUCGAACAUCCCGAUUCAAUGUUGGACCGACUCCACAAUUGUAUUAUCUUGGCUUAACAAACAUCCUUCUCAUUGGCAUACGUAUGUUGCGAACCGAAUUUCGGAAAUCCAGACAUUGCUGCCUGAUCACCAAUGGCGUCAUACUUCAUCACAAUCAAAUCCCGCUGACCUAGCGUCUCGUGGAGUUCAACCUCAAGAAUUGAUAAAAUCCAAUCUUUGGUGGAAUGGCCCAGAGUGGUUAUCAUUAUCUGAAACUCAUUGGCCACCAUCAAUUGUUCCGACACAAUUUAAAACCAAUUUAGAAUCAAAAGGUCACGUACACCUUAAUGUAGAACCAAUUCCCGAUAUAAUGAAUAACUUUGCUUCCAGAUAUUCUUCAUCCGAUACUGACGAAAAUAUUCGAUUCUCGAAUCCAAUAUCUGCCAAAGAAUUAAGCAAUGCAGAAAUCAUUUGGUAUCUGUACAAUCAAGGGCAACAAUUUCAAUCAGAAAUUCACUCAAUAAAAAUUAACUCACAAAUUUCACAAAAGAGCAAAUUAAGGUCUUUAACUCCAUUUCUCGACAAUCAGGGACUUUUACGAGUGGGCGGUCGUCUUGACAAUUCCGAUUUUGCUUUUGAAGCAAAGCAUCCGAUACUAUUCGAAAAUCAUUUUAUUGUUAAAAUGUUAAUUUGGGAAGCUCACGAGAAAACAAUUCACGGCGGAUUACGAGACACAUUGAGUUAUCUUAGACAAACUUAUUGGAUUAUACAUCCACGACCAUUAAUUAAAUCAAUCCUACACAAAUGUGUUACUUGCGUGAAAUUAUGA